UCUAUUUUCUUCAAGACAGCACAAAAGCAUGUUGUUUUCUCCUUUCCCUUUCCUCUUUUUGUUCUUCUGAAUUUUAAAACUCUAAUUUCAGUGGAGAGGUCCUUUAAAGGCUUCCUUUUUCCCUUGGCUUUGCUUUCUUUAAUUCUCAGGCGCCUACAUCGAAAUCUCUAGAAACCCAAUCUCCAUUAAGAACAAGUGAUAAUGGAGUUGUUGAGAUUAAGAAAAACCAGAGAGCUCUUACUGUCAAUCCUUUGAAACUGAUGAAGCAAACACAGUGAGAGUGAGGACCUCCUUCAUUUCCUCUCUGGGGAUGGCAAUUCUUAACCUCUCUUCUUCUCUUUAGUUGUUCUUAUUCUUAAUUCUAGGUUAGAUUUUUGUUUUCUGUUUUCUUUUUACGUAAUUUGCCGAUAAUCGGAAUGACUCAAAGGUGUGUUCCGGCGCCUUUCUUGACGAAAACAUACAAGCUGGUGGACGAUCCCAUCACCGACGAUGUGAUUUCCUGGAAUGAAAACGGCACAUCGUUUGUCGUCUGGAAUAUUGCUGAUUUUGCUAAGGAUUUGCUUCCCAAGUAUUUCAAACACGACAACUUUUCUAGCUUCGUGCGUCAGCUCAACACUUACGGAUUUCGAAAGGUUGUCCAAGACAAAUGGGAAUUCGCAAACGAGAACUUCAAGCGAGGGCAAAAAGAGCUAUUGUCCGAAAUGCGCCGUCGGAAGGCAGUGACACCAUCUCCGGCGAACGGUAAAACGCCUGCUGCUGUUCCUUCCUCCCCGACUAAGUCCGGAGAGGACCAAGGGUCCACUUCCACGUCAUCACUGGACUCGAAGAAUCCAGGAUCAGUUGAAACGAAGCAGGAGACAAUGAAUGUAUUCUCUAAUUUAUCAAACGAGAACGAAAAACUGAAAAAACAUAACGAGUUGUUGAGCUCGGAGCUGGCGCAAGCGAAGAAGCAAUGCGACGAGCUGGUGGCCUUCUUAACCGAACGUGUGAAGGUGAGUCCCGACCAAUUCAAUCGCAUCAUGCGGCAAGGAAGCUAUGAUUCCACCCGUGAUGACGAUGAUCAUGGCCGUAGGUACGGUGCUGGUGAUCCUGAUGACCACGAUCACGAUGAUGACGACGAAAAUGGUAGCCAAGAUUGGAACGGAAGUUUGAAACUGUUUGGGGUUUGGUUGAAAGGCGCGGGAAAAAAGAGGUUGCCGAAGGAGAAGAAAAUUGUGUACGGUGAGCCAUAUGCUAAGCAGAUGAAGACCGUAGAUUUUAACCACGCGGGAAUGAGAAUGAAAAGCGGCAAAGUUUGCAACUGACCAAUCAAAGGUGGACACAAAUAAGUCAGGUUAUAUUCUUGUAAUUUUAAAAUUAAAAGAAGAAGAGAUGUGGGAGGUAAAAUAUAAAGGCAUCGUUGGCUUCCUUUUUCCGCUCUAAAGAAAAUAAUUAUUAUCAUCGUUGUUUUUUUAAGUCAAAAAACAUUGACUCUAUUAACUAAAUUAAACUUUAAAAAUAACAUAUAAUUAAAAUAUCGUCCUUUGUGUGUAAGCUUGUAUGCAUCUAAAACACAUGUUACAGCCAAUUAAUUAUACUAUAUUUGAAUAAAAGGACAUUUUAAGAUUUUAUCACUUUACCAAAUAA